UCUAGUGCUGUUGAGGAAGCUGUAGUGCAGUGGCAUAGUCGAAUCAUGUCAAGGGUUCGCUUAUUAAAAUUGAGUAAAGGGUGUGAUAGGUUGUGCAUUGUCCACAUUUCAAGUCCAAUGGGCUCUUAUGGGAGCGGAUGUGGUAGAUUUAGAACCAUGGAUAGGGCAUUCACCAAGUGUUUGUUUAAUGGGUUGGGGUUGGGAGAAGA